AUGGCCCUGCUACAGUACUUGAGUUAUAUAGCGAUUGUAGCCGCAUUCGCCUUCGUGACGCUCUCACUAGCCAGCGGACUGUUGUAUGUUUCAGAGCUGAUAGAGGAGCAUUCACGAUUAGCCAAAAUCUAUGGAAAAAGGGGGACGUAUACUAUAAUCGCCCUCCAUAUCUUGCUCUACUUCACCGACAAUCUACCCUUCCCACAGACUCUGUUCUCUAUUAUAUGCCAUAUCAUCUACCUCCAAAACUUCUCCGCAAGCUGGCCACUCAUCGAUCUCACUUCUUUGUCCUUCAUCGCGUCCUGUAUAUGUGUCGUCGCUGACCACUUUUUAUGGUUCUUCUAUUUCGCCAAAGUAACCAAUGAAGCACGGAGACUGAGGACGUAUCGAGCAGUCGUUCCCGAACCACCAGGUUUCACCGAAAUUGCGUCCUUUUUCGGCCUCUGUGUCUGGCUCGUCCCACUUUUCCUCUUCCUGAGCUUGAGCGCGAAUGACCACGCGAUCCCGUUGACAGCUGUCGAGAGACCCAGUUCUCCCCAGUCGUUUGCAUCACAACAACGCCAAAAAGCUUCUCGGGUUUCUCUACUCCGGUCGAUGCUAUCAUUCAUGUCCUUCGAUGCAUUUCCACGGAUGAGGCGGAAGAACACGUCGGACGGAAUUAUAGCCCCAAGAUCCCCAGCAACACGACCUUCGUCUCCGUUACCGAAUGCCAAUCUUCAGCCUUCGCCGCGACCAACCUAUCUCUCCCCUCCCCGGUCGCCCAUGUUGCGAGCGCAAGAAAUAGAUGCCCGACGACCACGAAGAGCUCUGGUAUUUCGAGCAGCCGACAAGGACUCUCAGGUCGUGGUCGAGUUCCUACCCCGAGACGAGAUAGAUUUGGGCAACUUGGUCCGAUUGACCAACCGGAUUGUCAAGGGCUGCCUUGGUUUGAUUUCAGUCGAGAAUGACAUAUUCCUCGCGGUCGUAACAAGUGCAACCGAGGUCGGAAAUACCAGGCCGUCUGCAUCCUCGCCAGAAUCAGUGGCAAGAAUUCACGAGGUUAGCUUCUACAGCUUGACCUCUUCGACAUGGGACGAUUACUCGAUAGCAAACGACGGUUUCGUCAGCCCCGACGCUAUUGACGCAAGCUUCAGAGACAACUACAUGUCUUCACCAGGGGCGCCGCCGCCGUUCGAGCAUCCGUGUCUUCCGCUCAGCAAGAUCCUCUCCUCUGGUACCUUUUACUAUGCAUACGAUACCCCAUGGGAUUUGUCCUCGAGGCUCUCCGUCCGUUUAUCGCGCCAGGCUCGGGACCGAGGUGCAGAACACGACUUGUCUUUGUUCGACGAACGGUUCGUCUGGAAUGAAUAUAUCAUCCGCAGCCUCUUGGAUUUCCGGGCGAGGUUAAGCGACCACGAGAGACAGGAUCUUGAUCGUUGUCAGUUCCUUAUACUUGCCAUCCAAGGGUAUGUCGGACUCUUUACGAUGGGCCUUCCCGCCCCUCCCACCAAUGGAGCACCGGCUGUUGCCACUUUGGCGUUAAUCUCGAGAUUGGGAUGGAAACGUGCAGGCACUCGAUUCAACACACGCGGAAUAGAUGACGAUGGAAACACGGCGAAUUUUGUUGAGACUGAAACAAUAUUCAGCACCGAUCAGCACUGUGUAAGCUACGUGCAGGUCCGUGGCAGCGUCCCAUUAUUCUGGGAACAGCAAGGAUUACAAACUUUCGGGCAUCGUAUUCAAAUUACACGGCCACAUGCUUCCCAGCCAGCUUUCGAGCGUCAUUUCCUCCAGUUGAUGGAAGAAUAUGGGGCUGUCCAUGCUAUCAACCUGCUGGGACAAAAAGAAAACGAGGCGUCUUUGACAUCAGCAUAUACCCGACAUUUGGCCAUUGCUCGCCAGGGCCUAGGAGACGACCUCGGAAUCACGAACUUUGACUUCCACAAUGCUGUUAGAAUCGCCGGACACGAUAGUGUCAUUCGCGAACUCAGACGAGUGGAAAGCGUGAUGGACCAUGUCGACAGAUUCGGGUUCACUAUGUGCGACGCCUCUGCUGACGAAAUCGUCACAGAUCAGAAAGGUGUCUUCAGGACCAACUGUCUGGACUGUCUCGACCGCACAAACUUUGUUCAGGAUAUCUUAUCGAAGACUACUCUCGAAGAAUACCUUCAACUUGUUCGGAGAGAGUGGUUGUCAUCGAACACUCUGUGGACUUACCAUAGAGAAUUGUGGGCAGAAAACGGCGAUGCCUUGUCUCGCAUUUAUGCAGGGACUGGGGCCCUCAAUACAAGUUUCACUCGAACCGGAAAGCGGACACUUGCUGGAAUUCUAUCUGAUGCUACCAAGAGUGUAUCGCGAGCAUACAUCAAUAAUUUCCAGGACAAAGACAAGCAACUGUCGAUUGACAUGUUCUUGGGGAACCUGAGUAACCAACGCCAAGUCACUAUCUUCGAUCCCAUCCAUGAUUCCGUCCGAGUUGUAUUGGACCAGAGACUGCCGGAGUAUUCGACGACAAAGCAGUGCACGUUCUUCAUUGGAACGUGGAAUGUCAAUGGAAGGCAUCCGUCAGAAUCCUUGAAUGACUGGCUGUUCCCUCCUCAAAGCUCGACCGAACCGGACAUGUAUGUCCUAGGAUUCCAAGAGAUCGUACCCUUGACAGCACAGCAGAUACUUCAAACUGACCCAGAAAAGCGACUGAUCUGGGAAAAGAAAAUCUUGGAAACACUUGAUCGACGUCCGAAUAAAACAUGCAACUAUGUCUUGUUAAGAAGUGAACAGCUUGUCGGUUCCGCCUUGAUCAUCCUAGUAAAAUCAGAGUUGACUGCCGUUAUCCGAAAUGUGGAAGCAACGACGCGGAAGACGGGGCUUCGGGGUAUGUCCGGAAACAAAGGCGCUGUUGGCAUUCGGCUGGAGUAUCACGACACCAAUUUCUGCUUCUUGACUGGACACCUUGCCGCUGGACAUUUCAACACAGAAGAACGAAAUGCCGAUUACCGCACGAUCAACGAGAACCUUCACUUCCUCAAAGGCAAAACCAUUCAAAGCCACGACAAUGUUAUCUGGCUUGCUGACACCAAUUACCGGAUCGAAUUGGAUAACUACACCGUUCGAACUCUGGCCGAGAACGAUGACUUUGAUGCACUUCUGGCCGCUGACCAGUUGAUGCAUGCCAUGGACACUGGCCAAGCUUUUGUCGGAUACGAGGAAGGGCCAAUUCUGUUCCGGCCGACAUAUCGAUAUGACUUUGGAACCGAUAAUUACGACACCAGUGAAAAGAUGCGCAUUCCUGCAUGGACUGAUCGCAUACUGUAUCGAGGCAAUCAACUCGACCUAGCAGUUUACAACCGCGCGGAAUUGAAAGGCUCUGAUCACAAACCAGUCUUCGCUAUUUUCAGAGCAGAGGUCCGGAUUGUGGAUCCCGUCAAGAAGGCGAUGAUGUCGCAGCUCCUCCUGGAGAGCGUUGCAUCGACACGGCCUGGUGAAAAAUUGGACGAAAAGCUAAAGACGGCAGUUUUGCCCAAGUUUAUUGGAGAAGCCCCACCGCCCAGUAGCAACGAUUCUGCUUGGUGGGAUCAACCGGACCAACCAUUGGGCAUUAUACCGUUAACCCUCUUCCCUAAACUCGAUACCUCCCACAAGAGCAACCCUUUCGAUUCUCCCGAUGGAUCUCUAUCUGCAUCGCCUACCAGUUCGGACGAGGAGCUCUAUACACAUGCUCUCACCUUGCAGACGCCUAUGGUACCCACACAGACGAAGCGACCCCCGCCUCCACCUCCCCCAAAAAGAUUGCUCACGGGAGACCCUGAACCAACACCCAACAGACAUAAUGAAUAG